UUUUUUUUAUUUCUUCUUUUUCAAACUACAAUCUCAUAAUUAUUUUAGAAUAUUUUCAUUUAUUUUUUUUCCGUUUCAUUUCAAAUUUCUGAGGGAGGCAGAGGAGUGAGAGUUGCAAGACAAGAUGAAUGAUCCAUUAUGAACUUUUCUUUCCCAUUCAAAAAAUUUAACUGAUAAAUAAAUGGCUCACUUACUACCCAGCUACUCCUUUGUUUCCACAAAUCCCUGGAAGAGAAACACAAGCAAUAAUCCAACGAGUAAUUGCCGGCGAAGCCUGAACAGAGCGUCGAGGACUUCUUUUCCAACGAGUUCUCCUCCGGUGCGGUGCUGCAGCACUUCUUCUCCUGCAGCCACCUCGUCGCCGGAGGCCGUGAAGUUGAUUGGAGAUAUUGAUCAGGAGGAAAUCGGACGGACGACCGAAGACAGAGCAGAGGCAGAUCAGCUGGUGUAUUUGCUGAGCGAGUAUGGAUGGAACGUGCGGCGGUUGCUGGAGGAUGAAGUCGAAAUGAGGAAAGUAGCGCAAAUUCAAGCAGAAGCAUUCCACCAACCAGCCGCCAUCUUCGAUGAUCUAUUCUUUGAGUUCUUUCAGGUAGAAGUGCUAUCUGGACUUAUUUACAAGCUCAGGAACUCACCUCCAAGCAGGUACGCGUGUUUGGUGGCGGAGUCUCCCACCGACGCUUCCGAUUCGCGGCGGAAACUCGUCGGCGUGGUUGAUGUCACGGCGUUAAGAGACGAGGUAGUUCUUCGACACCUGCAGGGAGCAGAGGAAUAUCUUUAUGUUUCUGGACUCGCCGUUUCUAAAAGCUACAGGAGGAGGAAGAUUGCGAGUUCCCUGCUGAAAGCUUGCGACGUACUCGCGUUUCUUUGGGGUUUCCAGUGUCUUGCCCUCCGGGUUUAUGAAGAUGAUUUGGGCGCUCGAAGACUGUAUACAAAUGCUGGUUACCAAGCUGUCUCUGGCGAUCCUCCAUGGAUGACUUCUUGGAUUGGAAGGAAACGUCGUCUUCUCAUGAUCAAACGAUGCAAUUUUCUUUAAUGAUGGUCUAGAGCUCUCGAAUUUAGAUGGAGUCCUAAGGAUUCAUUAACGAUAAGAACAGAAUAUAUGUAUCUUUGAAUACAACCUGAAGAUUAAG